AUGAGUGUCGUGAGUGAUAAGCCACAACACCGCAUAGAAGCUUCUGUGCUGUCACAAACCUUUUGGAUUGAUCCUGCGUACAAAAUUAAGAAGGGACUCGGUCAAGGCGCAUAUGGAUGUGUGGCUUCAGCUGUACACGUUGCUUCUGGCGAAAGCAUUGCGAUAAAGAAGGUAUCGAAUGUAUUUAACAAGCGGAUUCUUACGAAGCGUGCUCUUCGUGAACUUAAGCUCUUGCGCCAUUUCCGGGGGCAUAAAAAUAUUACGUGCUUGUACGAUCUGGACAUCACUAAUCCGUCUGCCUUUAAUGAGGUGUACUUGUACGAGGAGCUUAUGGAGGCUGAUCUUCAUGCGAUUAUUCGAUCGGGACAGCCGCUGAGUGAUGCGCACUUCCAGAGCUUCAUUUACCAAACCCUAUGUGGUUUGAAGUACAUUCACAGUGCAAAUGUGCUGCACCGUGAUCUGAAGCCGGGCAAUCUGCUUGUCAAUGCAGAUUGUGAGCUAAAGAUUUGUGACUUUGGCUUGUCGCGUGGCUUCGACCCAGAGCAAAACACCGUUAUGUCAGGCCAGCAGGAAUUUAUGACAGAGUAUGUCGCCACGCGAUGGUACCGAGCACCGGAGAUCAUGUUAUCACACCAGAACUAUACGACGGCGAUUGAUCUAUGGUCUGUCGGCUGCAUUCUCGCUGAGCUUCUAGGUCGACGCCCACUCUUCAAGGGCCAUGAUUAUGUCGAUCAGCUGAACCAAAUUUUGUACUAUAUUGGAACGCCUCCGGAGCCCAUGUUGUGCCGUGUAGCUAGUCCUCGUGCGCAACAGUACAUUCGCUCAUUACCGUACAAGAAGCCUGUGCCUUUCGAGCAUUUAUACCCGGAGGCAACACCGCUUGCACUCGACAUGCUUCGCCGCCUGCUUUCCUUUGAUCCUGAGCAACGUAUCACUUGUGACGAAGCUUUGGAGCAUCCGUACCUGGCUGUUUGGCAUGAUCCGAAUGAUGAGCCAGUGUGUGCGAACAAGUUUGACUUUAGUUUUGAGCAAGUCGAUGAUAUUGAUGGUAUGAAGAAGCUCAUUCUUCAGGAAGUAAUCAGCUUUCGUCGCGAAGUCCGCUUGCAAGCUCAACAGCGCCUGGCCAUGAUGGAGCAGCACCAACAACAGCAACAGCUACAACAGCAAUUUUACGCGAACCAAAUGGGUUCUAGCUCGGCAUCGUCCUCUGCCUCUAGUGCUGAGGCCAUCCGCCGUCGUGAAGAGGCACAAGUAGCGGCAUCACGCGGAACGAUCCAAAAGUCUUCAAGCGAGCACGCUACCUACAAUAUCCUAGGUGAGCCUAUGAGUGCGGAUGGUACGCCAAAGGAUGUUGGUGACGUUGCCGUGGCUGAAAAUGACGCAGCCGAAUAUCCUUAUGGUGCGUACAUGCUUGCUGACUUCGACUCAGAUGCAUUUAGCCGUCAAUUGAACCAGCACCAUGUGUCGUAA